CUAUAUUCCCAUUUAGUAGCUUUAAUCUCAUCCAAUUACAAUGUCAUGAACUAGAUCACUAUAUUCCUUUGUGAGGUUGAUAUGAUCCCAACUGAACCGCAACCUCCGGAAGAGCAGGACGAGGAACAGGCGAUGACUGAACCGUAACCUCCGGAAGAGCAGGACGAGGAACAGGCGAUGAGGAGUGAAGCGGAUACGCGGGUAACGGAAGCUCGAGAAGAGGCGUCCAUCGCGAAGUCUAAACCGACGAGGAAUGUGAAAGCUCCUAGUAGAUUCGGCAACUUCGUCACCAAAUAGUUAUUUCCAUAUUUAUGUUUCUUUUAUUUUAAGGAGUAGUCGAACCUUAGUUCUUUUUAUUUUUGGAAGAUUUUCUUUUUAAUUUUUAAUUGAAUCGAGCGUAAUUAUAAGCUCCGUCGGGGUUUUAUUGUUGGUUCUUUCCCGAUGUUUAGGAUUAGGUCGAACCAAACCUAGGGUCCGUAGAUUAUAAAUAGGGCUAUUUUGUUCAUUAUCUGAUAUGAAUGAAAAAUAUCUUUUGCCCAAUAACUCGUUGAUAUCUUGUGAAAACCCUGGGAACUUGACUGCCCGACGGGAACGCUCCCCGCGCACAUUCAAUCUUGGAAGCCGCCGACCCUGAAGCAGGGCGCCGGAGAGGACAGUUGACGCCGAGACGAGUGAUCGGCGGUUGUUGAGGAGAGAAGACCUUAACAUCUGGUGCUUUCACCUUGAAUUCAAUGCGACGCAAUAAAAACUGCGGUAGGCCGGGGUGGGGGCCUUUCCGACGUGGUCAGCCGGUGUUUCGCCGUGAGGCUGGAGGAUUCAAUCACCCACCGUUCGAGGACUUAGAAUUGGAGACAAGGCAGGGAGACGACGUGCAGCAGGGUGACCCUAUUAAUGCUAAACUGGACCGGCUGUUGGAUCGUUUCGAUAAAUUGGACGUGUGGAGGGACGAGACGGAUCGUAGGUUCGAGAAUUUGGAGCCGGCCCUUACGUGCGAGAUAGAACCUCCAUCGAGGCAUGGCGAUUGGGAGGAGUAUGAGGAGAUGGAUGUUCGGGGAAAACGAACAUGGGACAGCGGGACUAAGUCUCGCCACCAGAACGCCGGUCGCCAGGAGGGUUACGGCAGGACGGCAGUGAAUGGGACUCAAUAGGGGUUUGAUUCUGGCCGCGCCAGAUUCAACGGUUUUAAUCAAUCGUUCGACCGCCCAGCUUCAUGUUGGGAUCCGCCUCAACGUUUUAAUUCACGAGACGCAUCGCUUGAUAAGACCGAAAGGGUUAAGAUGGCGGCACCACGAUUUGAUGGAUCUGACGCGACAAAUUGGGUGUCGAGGGUCCAAUAUUAUUUUAACCAUCUGAUGAUGCCAGACGCACAACGCUUACACUAUGCGGAGUUUUUGGAGGACAUCCGUCAUCGCUUUGGAUUAAUUGCAAAAUUGACGCAAACAGGUUCAGUGGUCGAGUAUCACGAUACGUUCGAGAAAUAUCUCAACCGAGUUCAGGGCAUUCCGGAAAGACAGCUAUUCACUCUGUUCGUGGCGGGAUUAAAGCCGGAUAUGCAGGAACGGUUGCGCUUGCAUCGGCCGUCGUCUCUAGCCGCGGCGAUGGCUUUGACAUUGGAACUGGCCGACUCCCACGGCGACCGCCAGCAGCAUCAGCAGAAUUCUCGUCGCCCGUGGCAAGCCCGAGAGACUCGCAUUCAGGCAGGCCCGGUUUCGAGCCAUCCGCCGACCCAGAACAUCCUUGGCCAGACUCAACAGCCGGCUCAGGGACGUGUUGCGACCCCCUCGCGACAACCGCAGGUCCGGGUGUCCCAGGCAGAGAAGGCAGAGCGCGCGAAGAUGGGUCUCUGCUACUAUUGUCCGGAUAAAUGGGUCAUUGGACACGUUUGCAAGCAGCGUUUACUUUGUUAUGCCGACGAUUCGGACGAUGUGGAUGACGGCGAUUUGGAGAAGGAUAUGACGGAGGAUUUGGCAGACAUGGAGGUAGCACACGUACACGCUAUGUAUGGAGGCCGUCGCUCACGACCUCUGAAAGUGAUAGGGUCAAUACAGGAUCGGGAAGUGUGUAUUUUAAUUGAUACGGGGAGCGAUCGAGAAUCAUAACGUAUCCUGUAAUAAAACGACGGUAGUACCCCGUCAAACCCAAGAAACCCCGAAGCUGCUUAACCGACUUUGGUGUAGGCCAGGCGGUCAUGGAAGCAAUUUUGCUCGGAUCGGCCUUCAUGAGACCCGCACUGAUUAAAUGGCCCAAGUAUUCGACCGUGGACUUACAAAACGAGCAUUUCGAUGCGAGAUUCGGUGAAUAAACGUCGUCGAAACGUGGAGUUUUCGGUGGGGGAUAAGGUGUUGCUCAAACUCCAGCCUUAUCGUCAACAUUCGAUCGCCCGUCCGUUGUCGGCCAAGUUGGCGCGACGAUAUUAUGGGCCAUUUGACGUGAUCGAACGAAUCAGCCAGGUGGCUUACAGGCUGCAACUCCCGGAGGGGAGCGGAAUCCAUAACGUGUUCCACGUUAGCCUACUUCGACCGUUUGUUUCUGGUGACUCAGUGGAACUUCGGGGCGACUUACCGUCGGAAUUUAUCGGCGAUCGACCUGUGGUGUAUCCGGUUCGUGUGCUGGAGAGGAGAAUGCUCUGGACUGGGGAUCAGCCAAGGGAGCACGCGUUAGUUCGAUGGUCGGAUGGAACGGAGUCUCCGUCAUGGGAGCCUUUGGAGGUGAUUCAACGUAAGUUUCCAAAUAUCCUCCUUGAGGACAAGGAUGUAGCUAUGGAGGGGGGGUUGAUACGAUCCCAACUGAACCGCAACCUCCGGAAGAGCAGGACGAGGAACAUGCGAUGAGGAGUGAAGCGGAUACGUGGGUAACGGAAGCUCGAGAAGAGGCGUCCAUCGCGAAGUCUAAACCGACGAGGAAUGUGAAAGCUCCGAGUAGAUUUGACAACUUCGUCACCAAAUAGUUAUUUCCAUAUUUAUGUUACUUUUAUUUUAAGGAGUAGUCGAACCUUAGUUCUUUUUAUUUUUGGAAGAUUUUCUUUUUAAUU